UUCCCAUGAUGAUGAUUGAUAUGAUUGAUAGAUACGCGCCCAACCCAACGGCAACCCAACAUGCAUCUCACAUUGGACUAGGUGCUACACGUAGACUGACCAGCUUGCCAACUUACAAUACAAGGUCUAUACAUGCUCGAGUACAUGUAGUACCCAGGUGCCCCUCUCUUUUCUCCCCCCUCUCCUUCAAUUCACCCCAGACUACUGCUACCUGCCUACUUAGCCACAGCAGCCAGCCAGCCUUACAGCCGACCACUACUGGGUACAUACUCACUUACGUACUCAUCCAUCCCCCAUAGCCACACACUCUUACACACGCGCGCGCGUCGUCCCAACUUCUUCAUCCCAUCUCUACUAUCCUCCAAGCAGUCAAGUGCCCUGUCAAUCUGCCGUGCGCGCCGGCAGGAGUGGAUAACGCGAGAGUGGAGCAGUCAGCGCCGCCAGGCCAGCCAUCGUGGAACUGGUUCCGAAGCAUUGACUCGUUUCUUGACCGCCUUCCACUUACUCACCUACCUCUUCCUUUCUUGCUUGCUUGCCUGUUGCGACUAUUCCAUUUCUUCUUCUUCUUCCUCUUCUUCCUUUCUUCUUUACAUACUAUUCCCCCCGGCCGCUUGUUGAUCGAGCCUUCACCGCAUUUCCCGCCCUCUUCUUUUCACUCUUCACCCAUCCAUCCAUCAAAUACACAUCUCCGUCGCUCGCAACACUUUCCUCGCCUCUUGUCUUGCGCCAUCUCUGUCCCUGUCUGUCUGGUAGACCCCAAAGGAACAACCUUCAUCCGGCGCCAUGGGCAUCGGCGAGACCAUCACCGUCAUCAACAAGUCGGGCAAGGUCGUGAGCAGCAGCAAGCACAUUGUUGGCGUCUUCAAGGAAGCAAAGUCGGCUUAUCGCGAGCGCAAAGCCGAGCUCAAGGCCGAACGCGAUGCCGCGGCCGCCGAGCACAAGAAGCUACGCGACGACAUGAAGUCGCUGCAGCUCGACGAUGACGCGCGAUCCCAUGCCUCCAAGCAUUCCAGAGCAAACACCCACCGCUCGUCCAAGUCACGACGUCACCACUCGCGUCCCCCGCUGGAGCGCGGUUACACCGACUCCUUCUUCGCAAACGACCCCGAAUCCCCGCGCUCCCCACGUUCGCGCUUCGAGCAGGAUCUCGCCAGCCAUGCCAACCAGGCCCACGCCCGCGAAAUGGUGCGCCGCAACACAGAGGCCUACGCUGUCGCCGCCCCGCAGGAGAGGACCACGCGCUCCCGCUCCGAGUCACAUAUUGACAUGGACCUGGCCUACGGUGACUACAUCCCCCCGCCUCUGCCUGUCAAAAGGUACGAAGACGGUGAGCUGCGCGAGCAGGCCUCCAAGCUCACGCGUCUGCUUGAAGAGGCCAAUUGCCUCCAGCACUCGGCUGUCACCACCAUCGAGAACCUCCAAAAGAAUCCCGACGCCUUGGCCGCCGUUGCCUUGACCCUGGCCGAGAUCAGCACCAUGCUCGGCAAGAUGGGGCCGGGCGUCCUUCUCUCAUUCAAGAGCGCUUUUCCGGCCAUUGUAGCCCUGCUCGCUAGCCCGCAAUUCAUGAUUGCUGCCGGCGUCGGCGUCGGCGUGACCGUUGUCGCCCUCGGCGGCUACAGAAUCAUCAAGAAGAUGCAAGCGAACAAAGAAGAGGACCGCAUGCUCGAAACCCCUCUGCAAGCAGCACCUCCCAUGUCCGUCGAAGACUCAUUCCACGGCCUUGACGAGCUCGAGCCUCCAGAGCUGGGCCGCAUCGAGCUGUGGCGCCGCGGUAUCGCCGACGUCCAGGCUUCCAGCAACGGCACCUCCGUUGACGGCGAAUUCAUCACCCCGGCUGCUACCAGGCACCUCGUUGCAGAGGGCAUCUUGGACGAGGACGAUAUCAAGUCGCGUCGCAGCACGCGCUCGCGUCAUAAAUCCCACCGCGCCCCGGAGUCGGUGCGCUCUGAGAAGACGUCCAAGACGGCCAAAACGGCCAAAACGAGUAAAUCAACCAAAACUCGCAAGACAACUGCUUCUACCGCAGCCAGUGGAACUACUUCGCGCAGCCAUACCGUCAGAGAGAAGCGCGAAAAGGAACCCUCCCUGGUGAGGCAGCUGUUCCGAUCGCGUACCGUUGCUUACUAG